UUGGUAGAUACACGGUGGAUUUCUGCAAGUAACAUUGGUAAAUAAGACAUUAUAGGUCUGCAAGUACAUUAUAGUAGUAGAUUUCCUUUCACAAAGAUACAAAUGAUGCAUUCAGUCUGUCGAAAGGCCACAGGAGCUCACAUAUGUCCAUAGAAAUGUGUAUCUUUGGGAAUUACAGAUAAGGUUAAAUUCUUACUGUUGUCGGUUUCCAAGUAGCUUACACUGUAAUGCUAAAGAAGCAAUACCAGUGCCCUGCUCUGAUGCUUAAACAACACAAGAUGGUGGCUAAACUAACUCUCUAAGUUGAACCACUCUUUGGUACAUUACAUGUAUCCUGUAUUUGUGCAUUGCAGUAAAUUUUACCUGGACCUGUAGCGAGAUUUGGGUGAAAGAGGCAUCAUCUUCAUGCAUUAUUCAUUCAUAAAAGAUGAGUGAGGAAACAGAAGAGUAGUCUCUUCCUGUUCACCUGCUUCCUGUUUUCUGGCACUGAUAGUGCAUGGCGGUUUAUCCUAACUCAGUUCUGAAGUGAGGUGGAAAAUCUGUCCAAUAAUCCAGCAUCAGUAAGACAGACAAGGUCUGCAGGUGAUAAGGAAUUCAUCAUGAAUGGGCAGCUGGAUUUAAGUGGGAAGCUGAUCAUCAAAGCUCAGCUUGGGGAAGAUAUUAGGAGAAUUCCUAUUCAUAAUGAAGAUAUCACCUAUGAUGAAUUGGUGCUGAUGAUGCAGAGAGUUUUUAGAGGAAAACUUCUGAGCAAUGACGAAGUCACAAUAAAAUACAAAGAUGAAGAUGGAGAUCUUAUAACAAUUUUUGAUAGCUCAGAUCUUUCCUUUGCAAUUCAAUGCAGUAGGAUACUUAAGCUGACAUUGUUUGUGAAUGGACAACCAAGACCCUUAGAAUCUAAUCAGGUGAAACACUUGCGUCGAGAGCUGAUAGAACUUCGCAAUAAAGUCAAUCGCUUACUGGACUGUUUAGAACCACCAGCUGAACCAGGCCUUUCCACUAACCUGCCUGACAGUGAUGCUGUAGAUGGGAGGGAGGAAAAGCCUGCUGCUGCUGACUCUAGUGUUAAGCCAUCUACUCAAGUCAUAGCGGCAAGCAUGUCUGCAUUUGAUCCGCUGAAGAACCAGGAUGAAAUCAGCAAGAAUGUCAUGUCAGCAUUUGGCUUGACAGAUGAUCAGGUGUCAGGACCACCAAGUGCCCCUGCAGAAGAGAGAUCGGGAACACCGGACAGCAUCACUUCUUCCUCUUCUGCAGCCCACCCACCUGGGGUUCAGGCACACCAGCCACCGUACCCUGGCACACAGCCACAGACUGGUCAGGUGGAAGGUCAGAUGUAUCAGCAGUACCAACAGCCUGGUUACCCUGCUCAGCAGCCUCAGGCUCAGCCUCAGCAGCAGUAUGGUAUGCAGUACCCAGGCUACAGCCAGCCACAGCCCCCCUCGCAGCAAGCCCAGCAGUUCCCGGCCUACACCCAGACGGCGACUCCGGCUGCGGCUCCGGCCCCGGCCGCCGCCGCCUUCCCGGGCCCGGCUCAGCAGGUGCCGCCGGCGGCACCGGCGGCGCAGUUCGCGGGGGCUGGUUACCCGCCUCAGGCAUACGGUUCUGCGCCUCCCGCACAGCCCAGCCCUUACGGAGGCGGCGGCCCCGGCUCCCAGGCAACGGCCGGCGCCUACCAGCCGCGGCCCGGCUUCAGCCCCUCGCCCAGUGGGCCCAACCCCUAUGCCCGCAGCCGGCCGCCCUUCGGCCCCCAGGGCUAUUCCCAGCCUGGACCUGGCUACCGGUAAGGAGGUACUGGCCUGGGCACCUGUGACCCCAUCCUGAGCUACUCCAGGUAUUUCAACUGAGGUUCCAAAACUGUAACGAGGCAAAACUGUGGCUGUUAAUUCAGUUCUGCUGGGGGAGGGGAACGACCAAAUCAAUCUUUUCUGCUUCAAAUUGUACCUGCUUCCUCAUUUAAUUUUGGGGCUGAGUGGUUUUGAGGAAACACUUCCUAAGUGUCUGUAAAGUGAUUGACAUUCUAGCUUGCCUUUUGUGAAGGACAGGAACAGUAGCCCACUUACCAGGCUUGGUUUUACUAAAUACCAUGAUGUACUAAAUUAGAUUGAUUCUGGAGGUAAAACUAGAUGUAUUAUAAAUUGUAAUGCUCACAUGGGAAACUAAUAAAACCCCUGAAUCUAUUAAA